AUGACAGUUACUUUCCAGACUGGCGAUAGGGAAUUUGGCGGAAGCAACAACCUCGAUAUCAAUUUCUGGGUCGAAGAUCCAUCCGGUAACCAUCAGUAUAGCAAGACAUACAUAUCCUCCGACGAAUACUCCUUCACCGCGACCCGCGACGGCAAAUACGUAUACUGCUUCGGAAAUGAGGCCUGGUCCUCCAACAGCAAGGAAGUUUCCUUUAACGUGCACGGAAUUGUUUAUGUUCCCGAGGCCGAACUCCCAAGCGAUCCGUUAGAAGCUGAAGGUAGGGGCUUAAUUGGCGAUAAUGUGAUUGUUUGGGAACAUGUGCUAAACACCACCGCAGUGAAAAAACUGUACGACGAGCUCAUCCAAAUGAAAGAUGAGCAGCAGUACAUCAUUAUCCGCGAACGUACCCAUCGAAACACCGCUGAAAGUACGAAUGGUAGGGUUAAAUGGUGGAGUCUUUUCCAAUUGGGCGUGCUUAUUACAAACGGCCUUUUCCAGGUCUGGUGGUUGAAACGAUUCUUUGAGGUUAAACGGGUGGUCUGA